CCCUCUUCUUCUUCUAUCUGUCAUUUUUCUCUGCUUUUCCCUGAUUAGGAACAUUAUUACUUGAUAUAUUCACUAAACUUUUCCUAAAUUCUUGAGUGAAUAAUUCAAUUUCUUUCUUACCCAUAUCAUAAAAAUGGGUUCUUUUGAUGAUACUGCAUGGGAUUUACCUCUUGAUUAUUUCAUUGAUGAUGUUGCAUCCCCUAAUUUUUCUUGGGUUGAUCCCAGUUCCAACCUCGAAAUUGACUUUUCACGGGCAAGUAGUAUGAUACAAGAACAAGAAUCUGAUAGACAACUCCCCAGGAAAAGUUCUUGCUUUGAAAUUGACUUUUCACAGACUAGUAGUGUUCUACAAGAACAAGAAUCUGAACUGGAGUGCCCCAAGAAAAGGGGACGUUCAGCUGUGUCUAGCAAACCAAAGUCUAAAGCAUGCCGUGAGAGGGAGCGACGGGAAAAGUUGAAUGACAGCUUUUUAAACUUAAGCUCUGUCCUGGAACCUGGAAGAGCUGUCAAAACUGAUAAGUUGGCUAUAUUAUCUGAUGCUAUAAGAGUUGUGAAGCAGCUAAGGACCGAAGCUGAGGAGCAUAAAGAGGAGAACAAAAAACUACAAGAGGAAAUCGAAAGUUUAAAGGCUGAAAAGAACGAACUUCGUGAUGAGAAAUCAACAUUAAAGGCUGAAAAAGAAAAGAUGGAGCAGCAUUUUAAAGCUAUGUCUGUUCCUGGUUCUGGGAUGAUUCCUCCUUAUCCACCUGCCUAUCAAGCUGGACCAAAUAAAAUGGCCGUUUACCCAAGCUAUGGUAUGUUUCCUAUGUGGCAUUAUCUACCACCAGCAACUCGUGAUACUUCUCAUGAUCAUGAACUCAGGCCUCCUGCUGCUUAAGAGUAUGUGCAGGUUUUCUUCUAUACAAGAAUUCUGUGCCAUUCAUCUCAAGUUUUGUCUUUCCUUUUACGUUCUUUAAUGUAUAUAAUGUUCGUGAACUCGUCUCUUCUUAUUUCUUAGAUUCAGUAGCCAGAGACUCAUGGCUUAAAGCCAUAGAAUGUUGCUAGACUAUUAUGUAAGUACGCUAAUGAAGACUCCUAUUAUUUA